AGUUGCGCGAACUAGUCAUGGUGCUGUGGGAGUCCCCGCGGCAGUGCAGCAGCUGGACACUCUGCGAGGGCUUCUGCUGGCUGCUGCUGCUGCCGGUGAUGCUACUCAUCGUAGCCCGCCCGGUGAAGCUCGCGGCUUUCCCUACCUCCUUAAGUGACUGCCAAACGCCCACCGGUUGGAACUGCUCUGGUUAUGAUGACAGAGAAAACGAUCUCUUCCUCUGUGACACCAACACCUGUAAAUUUGAUGGGGAAUGUUUAAGAAUUGGAGACACUGUGACUUGCGUCUGUCAGUUCAAGUGCAACAGUGACUAUGUGCCUGUGUGUGGCUCCAAUGGGGAGAGUUACCAGAAUGAGUGCUACCUGCGACAGGCUGCAUGCAAACAGCAGAGUGAGAUACUUGUGGUGUCUGAAGGAUCAUGUGCCACAGAUGCAGGAUCAGGAUCUGGAGAUGGAGUUCAUGAAGGCUCAGGAGAAACCAGUCAAAAGGAGACUUCCACCUGUGAUAUCUGCCAGUUUGGUGCAGAAUGCGAUGAAGACGCUGAGGAUGUCUGGUGUGUGUGCAACAUCGACUGCUCUCAAACCAACUUCAAUCCCCUCUGUGCUUCUGAUGGGAAAUCUUAUGAUAAUGCAUGUCAAAUCAAAGAAGCAUCAUGUCAGAAACAGGAGAAAAUUGAAGUCAUGUCGUUGGGUCGAUGUCAAGAUAACACAACUACAACUACUAAAUCUGAAGAUGGGCAUUAUGCAAGAACAGAUUAUGCAGAUUUGACGGGAACUGGAUUAACAGAAGAGUCAGAAGGCCCAAGUAAAGAUAAAGAAUAUGAGAAUGCUAACAAGUUAGAAGAAAGUGCAAGAGAGCACCACAUACCUUGCCCAGAACAUUACAAUGGUUUCUGCAUGCAUGGAAAGUGUGAACAUUCUAUCAAUAUGCAGGAGCCAUCUUGCAGGUGCGAUGCUGGUUAUACUGGUCAACACUGUGAAAAAAAGGACUACAGUGUACUGUAUGUUGUCCCCGGCCCUGUACGAUUUCAGUAUGUCUUAAUCGCCGCUGUGAUUGGAACCAUUCAGAUUGCUGUCAUCUGCGUGGUGGUCCUCUGCAUCACCAGGAAAUGCCCCAGAAGCAACAGAAUUCACAGACAGAAGCAAAAUACAGGGCACUACAGUUCAGACAACACAACAAGAGCAUCCACGAGGUUAAUCUAAAGGGAGCAUGUUGCACAGUGGCCGGACUACCGAGAGCUGGGACUACACAAUACAGUAUUAUAGACAAAAGAAUAAGACAAGAGAUCUACACAUGUUGCCUUGCAUUUGUGGUAAUCUACACCAAUGAAAACAUGUACUACAGCUAUAUUUGAUUAUGUAUGGAUAUAUUUGAAAUAGUAUACAUUGUCUUGAUGUUUUUUCUGUAAUGUAAAUAAACUAUUUAUAUCACACAAUA